AUGAGAACCUCAGAACGUUUAAUCCAGCUAGAGAAGGAAUUGGAACACAUAAAAUGGGAUAUCGUCGGUCUGUGUGAAACCCGACUACCAGGUGAAAAAACGACAGUUCUGAAAUCGGGCCACAUGCUGUAUCAGAACAAUGCUGCAAACCCCAGUGGUCAGGGAGGAGUAGCAUUCCUCAUUAAUAAGAGGCUGAAACAUUUGAUAACAGAAACAAAAUCUGUCUCUGAUAGAGUAAUCUAUAUGGUGUUGAAACUAAACAAAAGAUACAGUGUACAGUUCAUUCACGGUUAUGCACCAACAAGCCAGGCAGAUGAUGAAGAAAUGGAAACCUUCCUUGAGGACCUGUCCAGGGCCAAGUGCUCAUGCCAAACUCACUUCAAGAUAAUAAGUGGAGAUUUCAAUGCCAAGAUCGGACAAAAAACUACAACUGACUCGGAUUACGUGGAAAAAUUUGGUCUGGGUCUAGUACACGGAGACAGGUUUCCUACUGCUGAAGGGUUAGAACAAAGAACUACGGAGUACAAGAAACAACUCGAAAAGAAACUAGGAUCAACCAACACCCUUGAAAAUAUGAACGUCGACCAACUCAACACUAAGAUAACCACUGCCAUUUAUACAGCGGUCAAGAAGGUCUGCGCGAAAUCACGGAGCUUGAAAGAUACCAGGUUGCGACCAGAAACACUGGUAAGGCUGACCAACAAGUUUGACGAAUACCAACCUGUGGAACAAGCAGGAUUUCGCCGUGGGUGUAGUACUAUCGACCAUCUACAGACCGUAAGAACAUUAAUAGAAAAGUCAACUGAAUACAAUGUACCCCUAUACAUGGCGUUUGUCGAUUCUAUAGAGACAUGGUCGUUCACACAAGCCAUGUAUGAUGCAAGAAUAGGCUCCCGAUACACAAACGACUUGAGGACAGCUAAGAUCAGGAUAGGUAGAGGAGUACGUCAGGGUGACACUAAAAAACUGUUCACCUUGGCCCUGGAAAAUGUCUUCAAGUUAUUACAGUGGAAAACUAAGGGUAUAAAUGUGGACGGUUCCUACUUAAACCAUCUCCGCUUUGCCGAUGACAUCGUCUUAAUAAGUGGCAACCUGCAGGAGUUGAGCGUUAUGUUAAACGAACUUAACGAUGCCCUGAGAAAAGUCGGCUUAAAAAUGAACAUCUCAAAAACCAAAAUCAUCGGCAAUACAACAGAACACAUAUACAUUGACGGCACAAGACACUCAAUACGAAUUGGCAAGGAGAAUCAAACAGCGGAGUUGAAGAGGAGAAUACGGCUGACUUGGAUGGCUUUCGGAGAAAUGAGCUAUAUAUUUAGAAAUAAUGACAUCCCUAUCAACCUCAAGAGAAAGGUUUUUGACACCUGCAUAUUACCAGAGGCUACAUAUGGCUUGGAAACGAUGGCAAUAACCAAGAAGAGUGCGAACCAGCCGAGAGUGAUGCAGAGAGCGAUGGAAAGAGCUAUGCUUAAUAUAAGCAUCAGAGAACGAAAAAGAAAUGGAGAAAUCCGACAAAAAACCAAAGUCGUAGAUGUCAUCGCUCGGAUAGCAGAAUCUAAGUGGCAGUGGGCGGGACACGUAGCCCGACUGGACAAAUCGAGAUGGUCAUACAAAAUAACAUACUGGCGACCGAGGACAACAAAACGUAGUGUAGGGAGACCACAGAAGAGAUGGCUCGAUGAUGUGAAAGAACAUGCGGGAAAUAGGUGGUUUCAGAUUGCUCAAGACAGAACAGUGUGGAGAAACUUGAAAGAGGCCUACGUCCAGGAGUGGACAAAGGAGGGCUGA